AUGGGGCCAGGAGCCCUCGAUUAUAUUCAUGCCAAUGCAGGACGACUGGCUAUCACUAUAGGUUCGCCUGUUAUUCUAUCGCCUCCGCAAACAGGGCUUGGGGCACAGCAGUCUGACGCAUUUACCUUGCUGUCAUACGAAUUCCCCGAAUUCGAUAAUUGCUUCUACAUCGACCUAUGGCCAUUUGCCAAGCCACUCUUGGUUAUUACAAGCUUAGACUUGGCAGUUCAAGCUUGUCAGACGUAUGCACUGCCUAAGCCAUCAGAGCUCGACGCGUACUUUCACCCAUUUACUGGAGGCCCCAACAUCUUUACGACAAAUGGCCCCGAAUGGAAAAAGGCCCGAUCAUUAUUUCAGCCCGCCUUUGGUAAUCGAAGGAUAAUCCAGCAGGUACCUCACAUUGUAGAUGAGGCUCAAGUUUAUGUUGAAGUUUUGCGGGACCAUGCACGCAAUGGAGAGACAUUCUCUCUCAAGAGAGUCACCUGUGAUCUUCUCAUGGACAUCAUUGGAUCUUUUACCUUGUGA